GCAGCGCCCGAAGCUCAAAUGAGCCUCGUUUAGUGCGAUCACUUCAGUUCAGCCCGAGACUCCCGCAGACGCGCUUCUCUCCGCGCAUUUGAAUGGUGAUGUACUGCAUGUGGAUUUACAAAGCAAUUUCACAACAGGAUUAUUAACUCAGUCAUUUACAACCUGUCAGGCGGACUUGAGGUGCGUGUUCUCUGUGAGGAAUACAGUGGUUUCUAUCCAGCUUGAGGAAUGGGAUUAACGAGAUCGAAGAAAAAUUGGGAUUUGUAGGUCUGGUAAAAUGGAGAGAUAAAGCUCGUCUACAGAGCUCACCAAGGUGGAAGCAGCGGUAAUUCACAACGAGAGGAAAUGCACAGAGCCUGGGUUCUCCUCGUUGUAAUAGAAGAGGGAUUUGCCCUGGCACAGAAAAUUAAAGAGACGCAGAAUGCGGGUGAAUCUCUGUCUAACGCUGAGCAGUGCGGCCAGUGGACCCGGAAUAUCAAUGGAGGCCUGUUUACAUCUCCAAACUAUCCUAACUCCUAUCCACCCAACAAGGAGUGUGUGUACAUCCUAGAAGCUCUUCCUCGGCAGAGAAUCCAGCUGGCCUUUGACAAAACAUACUAUAUCGAGCCUUCCUUUGAGUGCCGCUUCGACCAUAUUGAGAUAAGAGAUGGUCCCUUUGGUUUCUCCCCUCUAAUUGAUCGCUUCUGUGGGCCAAAGAGUCCAGGCGUGGUCACCUCCACGGGCCGCUUCAUGUGGAUUAAAUUCACUAGCGACGAGGAGCUUGAAGGCUUAGGUUUCCGCGUCAAAUACACUUUUAUAGCAGACCCAGAUUUUCAUUUGCACGUCGGUGGAUUGCUAAAUCCAAUUCCAGAUUGCCAGUUUGAAAUCAGCGGUACAGACGGAGUCAUCCGCUCCAGUCAGGUGGAAGAAGAGGAUAAGAUCAAAAAUGGAGACGCGUUGGACUGCAUCUGGACCAUCCGUGCCCCUCCGCAGUCCAAGAUAUACCUUCGCUUCCUCGAGUACCAGAUGGAGCACUCAAAUGAAUGCAAGAAGAACUUUGUGGCCGUGUAUGAUGGCAGCAGCGCCAUUGAGAACCUGAAAGCGAAGUUCUGCAGCACAGUGGCCAAUGACGUGAUGCUGGAUACUGGCGUGGGCGUCGUGCGCAUGUGGGCCGACGAGAGCAGCAGACUCAGCCGUUUCCGCAUGCUCUUCACCUCAUUUGUAGAUCCUCCAUGCUCAAGCAGCACCUUUUUCUGUCACAGCAACAUGUGCAUCAACAACUCACUGGUGUGCAACGGCGUUCAGAACUGUGUUUACCCCUGGGAUGAGAACCACUGCAAAGAGAGAAAGUCCAAGGGACUCUUUCACCAAAUCACAAAAACGCACGGCACGGUAAUUGGCAUCUCUGCUGGUGUGGUUCUGGUCUUGCUCAUCAUCUCCAUCCUGGUGCAAAUGAAGCAACCCCGUAAGAAAGUAGUGGCCCGUCGGCCGGCAGUCUUCAACAAAGGCGGCUUCCAAGAGGUCUUCGAUCCCCCCAACUAUGAGCUGUUUUCCCUCCGCGACAAGGAGCUGUCAUCAGACCUGGCCGAGCUGUCGGAUGAGCUGGACGGCUACCAUAAGCUGCGGCGCUCCUCGACCAUGUCUCGAUGCAUCCACGAGCACCACUGUGGUACCCAGGCCUCCACAGGCGGCAGCACGAAGCAGAGCCGCACCACGCUCAGCUCAAUGGAGCUCUCUUACCACAAUGAUUUCUCCAAGCCACCGCCCAUGAAGACCUUUAAUAGCAGCAACACCGGCACCUACAAGAAGAGCUGCUACGGCUACAAACAGACUCACGACUGCGCCGAGCAGGUGAUCGAGGACCGCGUGAUGGAGGAGAUCCCCUGUGAAAUCUACGUGAGAGGUGGGAGCGUAGGAGGGGCUGCGGGCAGCAUUGGAAGCGGCUGCGGGAGCAUUACCAUCCGAAACCAUGGCAGUGCUCGUAGCAACACCACCACCGUGGUGGACCCAGGACAACGAUCCAUAUCCAUGGACUUCUGAGAUGGCGAAGAAGGACGAGGGAGAAUGAGAGCCCUGACCACUACUGACUUUGUCCUGCAUUGCUGUUUUUAAUGCAUGGGCUCCAGUGUUAUAUAGACAAGCACGGAUUGCACUGAAUGAACGGACUGUACAUGGACAGGCAGAGAAGACGAUGUGUGGGUGGCUAUUUUAAUCUAUGUAAAUUUAAAAUGAAAGAUAAACAGUAUGUAGGUUUUGUGUUGUUGCUUGGCAUUAACUCAUGUUUUGCAUAAUUUGACUCUGUGGAUAACUUGAAUUAUGCUCAAAUAAAAAGACUACCUAUUAUGAACUGAAGACAAAACCAUCCCCUGCUGCAACCUUAAAAGCUGUUCACACCAAGGACGAUAACUAUAAAGUUUUAAUAGUUCUAAUUCUAUGACAAUAGUGAAGUCCACACAAGUACACAAAAAAAAUGUUGUAAAAAGUAAUUUUCAUUAAUAUUUAUAGAAAAUGGCAAGCAACACAUUGAAUUCAAUGUGAAAUUUUAGUAGAAAGCACACAGACUGAAAGUAUUUUCUUGUAAAACAUAAUUCAAUACAUACACUCUUAAAACUAAAGAAUGUUUUUGCAGUGAUGCCGUAGAAGAACCAUUUUUGGUUCCCCAAAGAACCUUUCAGUGAACAGUUCCUAAAAGAACCAUUUUGAAGAUCAUUUUAAAAAUCGACUAUAAAGAAUCUUUUCUGCAUUUGAAAGGUUCCAUGGAUGUUCAAGGUUCUUCAUAGAACCAUUGAUGCCAAUAAAGAACCUUUAUUUUUAAGAGUAUACUUCAAUCUGUCUUUAUUUACACAUAUAUUAUAUACAGAGGAACAAUAUCAUUGGAAUCAUAACAUUUUUUUUCCAGCUGGUGAAUGAUAAAAACAUUGACAGCCAACAGAAUCCACCAGACGUUAAAGAGCUUGAGCAUUUAAAGCGGCAGACGACAUAUCUGCGGUGUCCGCUUAUUAUAAACAGAACGUUAUGUACGUGUGGAUGCUAAUAUAGUUAAUAUUAUAGUUAUCGUUCUUGAUGUUACCAGGCCUUUUACACCGUGCUCAAAGCAGACAGGAUCAGACAGGUUUCCAUCCACUGAAAACAAAAAUGUCAUGUGACGUGACAAUCACAUCUAAUCAGGACAUAUUUGAAAUUUAAUAUGCAGCUCUGGUCAUUGCUGUUUAGGGCAAAAAAAAAAAAAAAAAAACAGUUUACAUGAAGACAGAGGAUUUAGUGUUUGCUUUGGACACGGUGUUCAGAGGAGCAUGCUUUUGAACAAGAAUGGCUACAAGAGCAAAUAUUACCACAGCAUACACAAACACAGACCUGAUUUACAUAUUUUGCCAUUGGUUUUUUAGAGUUGCUUUUUAGCUUUUGUUUUAAGCAAAUUCCCUAUGUGCACUUAUCAUUGUGUCUCAGUGGCCAUUAAAGACCACAGUACAUAUAUGUUCUUUAACCUAUAAACAUACCAUUUUGGAGGUUCAACCAAUCCAUUACAAGCUUCAGAUAAAGUGUGGAAAAUUGUAAAUGAUGCUUACACCUUUUGUAUAGAAAUUAUUCUUUUUGUUGUUAAAGAAGUAAAAAUAAGCAGGAAUAUAUUUUCUAACCAAUAUAUGUUGUAUAUCAAAUUAUAAUUGCGCUUCCAUUUUAGUCAUAACAUGAAUAAUUGUAAAGAUGUUGAUGUGAGAGAUGUCCAAUUACAUUUUAAUAAAAUUACACCACCUGAAGUACAUUUGAACGAUGCAUGAUGUGCAACUUGUGAACCACAAAAAAAAUCCAGCAUGCACAUUUCCUCUUAUUUCCAUUAGUCUACAUUACUUUCCUUCAGUCAGCCCAAGCUCACCAGUAAUAAGAUUUUAUUAUUGUCAUUACUGGACACGUCUGCACACUAAGAACAUACCUCGCUUUCAUCUUCACUGUCAUUUCAUUUUCUGUUCACUUAUUCUCCUUCAGUCCUCUCCCAGUGUCCAUCUCACUGAUCUGUCAUGUUAAAUUAGACUGUGGGAGCACUCAAGGCCUCAUAAGUCUUGAAAAGGACAGACGCAGAGCAGGUCACAGCCUCCAUGAGACCCCGAGGCCCACUCGCUCACUGAGGUUAAAGUCAGUAUGAAUUUUGAAAAUGAAAAGUGCCCCCAUUUGUUUUCCUAAUACAAGGCUCUGGUUCAAUUGAGAAUGAUUCAUACUAUGGUGAAUGGGUCAUAGCAUGCUAUUCCAAAGAAAAAAAUGUCUUGGUCUUUUUCGUAAUGAUCAGUUCACAGCAGUUAAAACACAAAGUGGAAAUUUUGCACACUAAGCUAUAAUAUGGCUUGGAAUAUAGCACACAAGAAACGUUUUCAUCUUUGUUUGAAACAACAUUAAGGUGAGCAUACAUACAUAUAUCAACACAAAGAACUCACAUUUACACAUGUGGUAGACACUUUCAUCCAAAGCAUUACAUUGCAUUCAGUGUUUAUAUUUUAUCAGGUCAUGAUUCUCUGGGAAUCAAACCCAAAACCUUGUCAGUGUUAUAGCGCCAUACUCUUCUCUUUGAGCCACAGGAACAUGCUUCUAUGUUCUAAUAAAUGUCAGUAAAGGCAAUAUCACACAAGCAUGUCUGUGAUUCAGCUGUAGGCACAUUAAGCCCAAUGUGCUGACAUUGACUUACAGUAAAAACAAACAGCAGGAAAAUAUCCAUAAGGAAUGUAGGCUACAGCUAGAUGUUGAGAGCAACUGUAGUAGUUUUAGAAGAAACACAAUUUGUCUUUUUAAAAAUCACUUUGAUUCAAGAAUUUUUAAAUGCUUUGUCACAUUUCAUUUCAGCCUGCGUGUGAAAAAUAUCUCUUGAUUUGUUACCACUUGAGUUACACUGUUUACGUAAAUCUUUAGUUUCUAAUCAUUUAUCAGAAGUUCUGUACAGCUGGUCAGGCCUAGCAACAGUAACCAAGGGGACAGAGCCUAGUUAAAAGACAAAUCCCUUCUCUGAGUCACGAUAGCCUCGAUUAACACCUGCAACCAUAGUUACAGAUAACGUUAUUCCUUUGUCCACCCAAAUACACCCACCACCCUGAUUUUAUGCUGGUUUUCAUAACCGGAGAGAGACAGCCCUACACAUAAUUAGCAAGAAGUAAGAGGUGAGCGGUUUUGUCUUACAUAUCUCCACGUUCAUUUCCAUCCAGCACUGCUCAAUCAAACCUGCUUUAAAAGUCGUCCGUGGCUCCUGAAGGUGGCUUAUAUUGAGGUGGACGUGUUUGUCUGCUACGGUCAUUUGCUGCCAUCACGUGGUGAUUCCGAGUAAAUGACAUUUCAUUCUGUUAACGAUGAACUAUGAAAUAUGCAAUAUGUUCUGAGUAGCUGUGACUGUCAGGUCGAUGGAAACGUAACGUGUCUGGACACAGUGUAGGGGUACAGCGGGGGAUGGACUUCACCUCAUAUAAUCAUGACAGCAGGGCCUAAAAUUAACACUCGCCAAGCGCCAAAUGCGAGUAAAAAUCGAAGUAGGCGAGUAAAUGUAACAGUGUCAGUCGCCAGUUGGCGGGUAAAACUUUUCCGAAACAUAACAAUGCAAUGUAGUGAAAACAACCGCCAGUUUUUAAAGAGAUUCGCUGUUUCUGACUUGAGCGAAUAAAAUAAUCCUUUCCCAAGAUGAGCUCAUCGUGAUUAGCUGUUCUGUCAUAAGCGACAAGAGCGAAUCAAAUAAUAGAUACAAACUGGCUGAUAAGGUCAGAGCAGUGUGAUGCCAGCUUGUCCCUAGACACGGUUCUAAUAACUUUUACCUGAGAAGAUAUUGCUGCUUCAUUUCGGAAGAUUAACUUUUCCCUUCUUUAUACCUCAAGAAUGUGGCGACACACACCUGGGGUUUCGCCGCAGAAACGGUGCAGUGAAGUAGGCUACGUUCGUCUGUCUGUACCACGGUCUGAACACAUACACCGAGCCGCUUCAGACAGCGCACCAGCAGCGCUUCAACCGACGAAAACACACACAAUUAUGUCAAAAUACGCGAUUUUGGC